ACUUAAUACAUAGAUUAAGAUUACAAGUCCCCUCCCAUUGGCGUCCACUCUAGCUUGACUUCUUUACCGUUUUUAUUAUCCUUGAAUGGAGUCGGCAUCUUCAGUCGUCCAAUAUUCUCACUCCUCGUGGUCAUGGUUGCAAAUUCUGUCAUCCUUAUCCUUUCUCACUUCUUUUGUGCUCCUCCUUUUCACAGUGAUGAGAAAGAAGGUUUGGUGCGACUGCGAAAUCUGCCAGAGCUACAGCGAAUCGCGUUGGAGGAUCCAAUUCGACAAUCUCUGCGAUUGGUACACGCAUCUCCUUAAAAACUCUCCCAAUCGGACGGUCCACAUCCACGUUCUCAACAACACCAUCACCGCUAACCCCGAAAACGUCGAGUACAUGCUCAAAACACGGUUUGAUAAUUUCCCCAAAGGCAAACCCUUCUCCGCGAUCCUCGGCGAUUUCUUAGGCCGCGGCAUCUUCAACGUCGACGGAAGCUUCUGGAGGUUCCAGCGGAAGAUGGCCAGCCUCGAGCUCGGCCGCGUCUCCACACGCGCCUACUCGUUUCAAGUGGUGCGCGUCGAAAUCCUGCAGCGCCUGAUUCCUCUGAUGGCUUCAUCCGCCGACGAAAUCGUCGAUCUGCAGGAGGUUUUUAGGAGAUUUUCCUUCGAUUGCAUAUCGCGGAUUUCCUUCGGAUUGGAUCCGGCGGAGCUGGAUUUGUCGCUGCCGCUCUCCGAUUUCAUCGCCUCCUUCGAUCUGGCGUCCAAGCUCUCCGCGGAGAGGGCGAUGGCGACUUCUCCGAUGGUGUGGAAGGUGAAGCGGUUUUUCAACAUCGGAAGCGAGAGGAGGCUGCGCCUCGCGAUCCGGACGAUCCACGCCGUCGCGCGCGAUUUUAUCAGAGAGCGGCGGAAGCUGGGGUUUUCCGAUGGGAAGGAUCUGCUUUCCAGAUUCAUGUGUAGCGUCGGCGAUGAUGAGAAGUUUUUGGUUGACAUCAUUGUUAGUUUCCUCCUGGCCGGGCGCGACACGGUGGCUUCCGCCCUGACGAGCUUCUUCUGGCUGGUGGCGCGCCAUCCGGAGGUGGAGGCGGCGAUUCUGGAGGAGGCGAUCGGGGUUGAUUCGGCCGAUCAAGUGAGGGAGCUUCAUUACCUGCAUGCAGUGGUGCUUGAGAGCAUGAGAUUGUAUCCGCCGAUUCAAUUCGAUUCGAAAUUUUGUGUGGAAGAUGAUGUAUUGCCGGACGGGAGCUUUGUGAAGGGGGGGACUAGGGUUACUUUCCACCCCUACGCCAUGGGAAGAAUGGAGGAGAUUUGGGGAUCGGAUUGUUUGGAAUUCAAGCCGCGGAGAUGGAUCAGGGAUGGGGUUUUUGUACAUGAAAACCCUUUUCAAUGCCCUAUUUUUCAAGCUGGGGUAAGGGUCUGUUUGGGGAAGGAAUUGGCGCUCAUGGAGAUCAAGACUGUUGCGGUUUCCGUUUUGAGGCGGUUCCGGAUCGAGUUGGCCCAACCGGACGACCCUCCUCGGUUCUCGCCGGGGCUCACCGCCACUUUUAGAGACGGCCUACGGGCUAGGAUUCGACCUCGAUUCAGUAAUUACACACCUUUGAUUAAAUGAUUAAAGUGCUAAUUAUUUGUGCAUAAGAUAUCGUAAUCCUACUGGUAUAUGGUAUGAAUAUAUAAGCUUGAAUUGCAUGUGGCCAAAUGGCAUAAGCUCGUUUAGUUGCAGGCUUGAAAACUAAGGCAGUUUUUGCUGCUUGAUUUGUGUAAGUGAAUAUUUACUUUAUAUGUUUCAUGUGAGAUUAAUAUGUGAUUAUAAAGGUCUUGGAUUUGAGUUUA